UUUUCAAUGUCACCUCAAUUGAGAUACUCAAACUAUCUUCCAACAAUUCAGCCAUGGGAGAAGUGGAUCCUGCUUUCAUCCAAGCCCUUGAACAUCAGCCUAAACUUGACAUAACUGAAGCAGAAGGCAUCCCGUUAAUCGAUCUUUCCCCGCUGAAUUCCUCUAAUACAGAUGCUGACUUGUCAAAUCUAGUAGCUGAGAUAGGUGAUGCUUGCAAGAACUGGGGGUUUUUCCAGGUGAUCAACCAUGGCGUGCCGUCGAAGUGUCGUGAAAAGAUUGAAUCAGUGGCGAGGAAAUUCUUUGCUUUAUCGAAAGAGGAGAAGAAGAAAGUCAGUAAAGAUCAAGACAACCCUUUGGGAUAUUACGAUACUGAGCUUACUAAAAAUGUCAGGGACUGGAGAGAAGUGUUCGAUUUUACUUUAAUGAAUCAGGUCAUUAUACCGGCUUCUCCAGAGCCUGAGGAUAAGGAACUUAAACAGUUGAUUAAUCAGUGGCCUGAAUACCCCCCUGAAUUAAGGGACGCAUGUGAAGAGUAUGCUGCAGAGAUGGAAAAACAGGCUUACAAGUUACUCGAACUCAUUGCCCUGAGCUUAGGCUUGCCAAAAACUCGAUUGAAUGGCUUCUUUAAGGAUAACAAUAGCUAUGCCAGGCUCAAUCACUAUCAGCCAUGCCACGUUCCUCAUUUAGUGCUCGGUCUUGGUCGACACAAAGAUGGUGGAGCCGUGACCAUCCUUGCUCAAGAUGAUGUUGGAGGACUUGAAGUGAAGAGGAAAACAGAUGGAGAGUGGGUUCUUGUCAAACCUACCCCUAAUGCUUUUAUCGUCAAUGUUGGUGACGUUAUCCAGGUUUGGAGUAAUGAUAAGUACGAAAGUGUAGAGCACCGAGUGAUGGUCAAUUCUGAAAGGGAAAGAUUCUCAUUUCCAUUCUUCUUCUGUCCUGCACAUUCUACUUGGGUGGAACCCGUGGAGGAGCUGAUAAACAAAGAUAAUCCUGCCAAAUACAAGGCUUAUAACUGGGGAAAGUUUUAUGCGAAUAGAAGGCGUAGUAAUAUCAAGAAACUUGGUGUCGAAAACAUUCAAAUUUAUCAUUUCAGGAUUUAGAAUUCAGAGCAGUUGUGUCCGUAUCCCAUAUGAAUAAUCUUCAGCUAAAAGCCUAUGUUCCUUUACUUUCGGAUGGAACAGAGGAGACCAACACAAAAAUAAAAUGUAUUGAAGAAUCAACAGUGGGAAUGAUGGAAGAAAGGGGGAGGAGGUAGGGACAGCUGUUACUUGAAAUUCCUUUGUCUAUGAAUGGAAAUUUUUCCAAAAAUUGAAGAAUUAAUUGUUAAAGCCUCUGUUGCAAUAACUGUAAAGAGCUGUUGUAGUAGUUACAAUGAUUUGUUAUGGCAUCAAUUAUAAGAAGUGGAAGGGUUUCGGAGGGAGGAAACUUCUUUGAAAA